ACAGCGAGGAACCGGAUGAGGACUAGAUUCGCAGAGGUGCGUGGAGCGUGAGGAUGCCACAGUGAUCCACUAGACUGACGUCUCUCCGGUAGCGCAGACGAACACCGCAGCCCGGUUAUUUUGUACAGACUUAAGCACAGCCGAGCAGUCGACAGUCUCUCCUGCAGAGAGAGGGAGAGAGAGAGAGAGAGAGAGGGGCUGAAAAAAAGAACUUCAUCAACGACAAGCUGUAGUUUUGCAGCAUGUUCCACCUUCGGCAAUCUCCGUUUAAACCCACUCGCCCAGCAACUGUUUGAUUUUGCUGGUGUGUUGGCAUUUUGUAUUUCUGGGGAAACAUUCGCCUUUUUCCUCCUUUCGGCUGAUGUAAAAAAAGCAACCUCUCUAAAUUGGAAUGAUGUGGACCUCUCACGAUUCUGUUGGAUUUGUUUUCUUUGCCGGAUUCUGUGUGCAAUUGGGAUUCUCCUUCGAAGGUCGCUUCACAGAUCUGCCCUCCAACAUGACGGUUAAAGAGGGGCAAAACAUAGAAAUGGCGUGCGCUUUCCAGAGCGGAACCACGUCCGUGUAUUUGGAGAUCCAGUGGUGGUUCGUGAAAGCGCCGGAACCCACUGACAGCGAGGAGGAGGUCGAUGCUGAAGAGAUGGAGAUGAUACCAGAUCCUGAUCCCUAUGACGAGGGCACAAAAAUAAGUACAGUGAAAGUCCAGGGCAACGACAUCUCACACAAGCUACAGAUCUCCAGAGUCGUUAAAAGUGACGAAGGACUCUACGAGUGCCGGGUGACACGAGCUAACUACGGAGAGAUUUUGGAGUACAAAGUCCAAGCCUGGCUGAAGGUCAACGCCACGGCCAGACCACGACGGCCACUGGUGCCUCCCAAGAAAAGCUCCCCGCUGCACCUGACGGACAAGAAGCCGAGAAAGUCCAGCUCACCUCUGGGCCAGGACAGCAUGAGCUCAGACCAGAGGGUGGCCUCCACCUCCACCUCUCACACGUCCUCCAACACAGCUGAACACAACACCGGCUCAGGUACAAGAAUAUCAACCAACUGUGGACUGGCCGUCCUCCUCCUGGCGUGUGGUUUGGGGAGGGAUGCCUUGUUAUAAUUUGAAGAACUGACAUGGGUCCCUGAUCUGAUCUCGCUCUCGUUCUGUUUGCUCUCAAAGUGAACAAGAAAAUCACCCCCUAGUCCCCCCCCCAAACACACACACGCACCAUGCGGACAGCACAGUUGGCCGUCAUUUCCCUGCCACUACCGCUCUUUGCUCCCAGCACAUUGCUGAUAGCCACUGUAAACACCGGUCACCUCUAAACCCCUUGGAAUACCUUUUGUACAGACGGCGACUCGAUACCAUCUGAGGUGCAGCGCUCCAGUGUGAAAAACGAACUCUGUAGCUUGUCGGAUAACUCUCAUGGAAGAAUGACAUUCCUCAUGUUUUCCCUGUUCCAGUUUCAUGUGUUUAUUGCUCAAAAGUGAACAAGAAAAAAAGAGGAGAAUCUAUAUUUGUGUAAUAUAUAUGAUUCUAGAUAUAUAUAUGUUUUCUUCAAAACACCUAGAAUUACUGGAUGUGCUGUAUACAUAGCUCAAACUCACCUUAUUGGCCAUGGAACUCCAUUGUGAAUAGGCCCCGAAAGAAACAAAAUAAAUUAAAGUACACUUCAAUUUAGACUGUUAACAUUAACCAUGUGGUUAAAAAAGCGUUUAAAUUCUCACUUUUCUUCAGCUGUAUUGGCCAUUGAAAUGAUCUAAUGUGCAUACUUUUACAUCUUGUUAGUGAUACGUAUACAGGUGUGCAUGCUUAUUGACCUUAAAAGAGGAGAACAUAAGUUAUUUGAGCUACGUAAGUCAACACUUGGGAGUUCAGUGUUACAGUUUGUUGAAUUUAGCUUUAUUUUAAUGUGCUAGCUUUGGUGUGAUAAAUAAAUUGUCCCCUGUCAUCUUAAUUUGUAUCGCAUCCUCAGUAGGAAUAAAAAGGAUGUCACAAUUUAUGCGUCAUUGGAAAAUCCUGAUAUAUGACCGUUGGAUGAUUAAUUUUAAUUGACCUGCACCAUUUUCACACGGCAGGCUUCAGUUGCUGUGCACCUCCCCGGUAUGUCUCAUCACUACAGAGGGUGAAUGAGAGUUUACCCACUUUGGAUCACGGGUAUUGCUCGUUUGUAUUGUUUUUUGACGCCAGCACACAAACACACACAUUUUGCAGGUAGAGGUUUGAGUGUCUGGGUGAGUUGAGAUGCAGUGCAACACAGAAAGUCGACUUGUCAUCAACACUGUAUAUGAGCCAUGUUUGGAAGAAAUUAGUUAGUUUUCUUAAUCUUCUCUCUUAUAUCUUACAGUAAUAUAUUUUUAGCUUUAUUUUCAGAUGAUAUUUCAUAGAGAUUUUUAUCCACGCAGAGCAUUUAUAAGCAAAACGCUUUGACAAUCUGACACAAACAGACAAAGGUGUUGUUUUUUUCAUAGUGUAACAACAGAUACAGUAUAAGCUGAAAUAAAUAUAAUGGUAAUAUUUUGUUAACUUUUGAGCUGAAAAGACACUUGAGCACCAUCAGAAACACACACAUGCUCAAAUUCAAACUGAAAUAUGUAUGAAUAACGGAGUAGCUGAUUUAUAACUCAAGAAUCAUAAUGUAAGUGAAUGUUAUCGACUGUGAGUGUCAUGCUGCCUGAGAGCAGCAGUUGUCCUGCAAUAAGAUCAAUAUUUUAUUUUGGUAGACCCUGAAGCACAUGCUAAUGUUCUGCUCAGUUAACAGCUAAAAUGUGCGCUGAAUUAAAGUAACAUGAAGCAUGAUUAUGUAGUUCCUCAUACGUUCCUCAUGGUGUACGGUAUAAUCGAACAUUCAUACAUAACAUACAGAUGUAAUUGCUAAUGAUUACUGUGUGCUGUGUGUUCUCAAAAAGCAACAUUCACCUCCCCUCAAGCUUUUAUUCCGCUUUGCAGACAAAGCAUAAAUCCCCCCCCCCCGUAUAGUUGCACUGCACUCCCAAAGAACUGUGGAGGGAAACUUGUUGAUUCAGCACCGGCAUUCAAAGGCUGUUGGAGUGCUUAGUCAUGCUCUGGGAUGAGACCCGAGACAUCUAGUGAUCAGCAGCUUCCAGGCUGGGUACGAGAUGUGAGGGCGACAGAGGGCGACCCCGUCUAAUUCCUCAAGUUCCAAAUAGCUUCAGGGUGAAUUUGGACAGGUAUUCUAGCAUCACUGUCACAUAGUACAUGCCAAUCGAUUGCUGUGUUUUGAAAUGACAUGUUAUGUACAAUGAUUCAGAACAUUUAGUUUGCAGAAAGAAAAGAAUCCACUUCAUUUUAAGGUAGAACAGGAUUUGGAUGUUGAUUCUGUUGGAAAUGUGCCCGAGCACUUUGGAGAGUGUGCACUGUUUGAGAGGACAGUUUGUCCAACCCUCAUGUAAAAAGUUACAGAUCUGUAAAACUUGUAAAUGAAAUAAUCAGCAUGUUAACAUUUUCUUUCUUUUCUUCAAACAUCCAUUUAAAAAGGCAGACGCCAGUGAUGUUCUGUACUUGUAACAAUGGUGUCAUGUACUCAUAUUCAAGUGUUAACAAGUCCAAAGUGGGUUUUCAUCUCCUCAAAAUGAACUUGGGUAAAAUGUAUGACUAAAAAAAAUUAAAAGUUCUAUAUAUAGUUAUGAUUAUUAGAAACAUCUCCUUUAUAAGGCUUUCAUCCUAAUCUAGGGGACUCACUUGACUGUGGGUCCUUGCAACAUAUUAAAUAACAAAGAAGGGGAUUGGAACGAUGAUUGAUUUGAUAUUGUGAUUGGAUUAAUUCUAAAAUGUAGUUGUUCCGAUACCAUUUUUCCUCCCUGAUACCAAUUCCAACAUCUGAACUUGCGAUUCGAUAACAGUGCUUUAAAAACUACAAAUGAUUAUUAUUAUUAUUAUCAUUAUUAAACAGCUGUAUACUACUAACCCUCCAUGGAUGUGAUAUGAUUGCUAUCAUUUUUGGAGAGACUAAACACAUAGAACUUUGUUUUAUCAUCUAGUUUGACAGAUUGACAAAUGGCUGACAUUUUGCUAGCUGUGGCUGACGAUACACUGUAGUCCGAUCGGGAGGCAUCGGAUGUGCGUCUCUCAACAGAGAUGAGAAAGAAGCAAGGUAUCCUAUGAAAAGUUACUCAUUUUUUGUGCGUUUUCCAGGGAAAGUCAGCAACUCGUGUCACUUGUUACAUGCAUCCGGUCUUUUCAAAAUAAACGUCUGUCUUCACAGGCAACUCGGUUAGGUUAAGGCAACAAAAAAGAUUGCCGUUGAGGUUAAAAUAACUACGGAAGUGCUGUUACUGAAGUACGGAAGUUAAGUGCCAAAAACAUCAAUGGUGACUUUUCGUUUCACAUGGGGAACUAACUGCUGGCUCCUGGCUGAAAGAUCUGUGUUUAUUAGACCCACCCACCUUUACCGCUGCCUUCCAGCCCUCCCUGUGUGCUUUAACGGUCUUUAUACUUCCUCAUUCAUGAUUACGUAGAUAACAUACUCAAUCAUUUUAUGGGAUAUCUGCAAAUUACGCCGCAUUGAUUUUCAUAGCUUUCGCUACAAAUGCUGGAUGAGACCAGCCUGCGAUAUUUCUGGAACUGAUGAUGAAAGUAGCCAUUCCUCUUCUUCCACAUCUCUUGUUGAAGGCAGGAUGUACGGAUCAAGUACCGAGUCACACGUGAAGUUGUUCCUGAGUAGCCUAAAUGAGCUGGUAAAUAACAUGAUACGAUAUUGGAUCGGGGCAUAGACCAGCGUACUCGCGUAGCCAGCAUUUUAAGCUGUAUCAAUUCUGGUAUUGGUAUCGGAACAACUCUAAAGAAAUGAUGCUUAUUGACGAACUGAGUCAUGAGUUUGGGUUGCAAUGGAGGCUGAAUUGCUUUCAAGCAACAAGCUUACUUGUUGUUACUGAAGAGGAGAACAGUUCACAAUGAUGGCGAGAGCAGCAGUUCCUUCAUCCAGGAUGCUAUUUCAGAAACAUUCUUCUGUUCUGUUUUAUAUGCCACGCUACUCUAUCAUCCACUCUAGAUGUAUUUGUUUCUUCUAAUGUAUUUCAUUUCAAUGCGGUCCUGUCUGUUUGUUGAGCUGUCAAAAAAAUUCUGAUGAAUUCUAGUUCUCUUUUCUUUGGUAUUGUGUGAGGCUUCUGUACUGAAACAUUGCAACAGUUUGUAUUAUAAUGCCGAAAUCUGAAUAAUAUUUAAAUAAACCAUUUUCACAGAUGAAAUUCAAA